UCAAACAAAGCAAAAGCUGUGAAAAAAGCAAAUCUUUCUGACAAUUUACACAUGCAACCUCUUAUUAUUCUUCAAACAUGCUUAAAUUUUUGGCAUCUCAAGUAAAGCCAAACAACAGCAAGAAGAGGUGACAAACUCUCAGUUCUUGUAAUAUAUAUUUGUUUGUUUGUGUCUUUUGUGAUGGUGACAACUUAUCAGAUGAAGAGUCUUAGUACAUUAGAGCUUAUGUUAGAGGAACUUCAGCAAGAAGAUGAAGGAACAAAUGAUUUGCCACCACCUUUGCCUGUUAGGCCUGUCAUUAAGGCUAGGUUGCCUAAGGGCAGAAGGAAAUUGACAUUUGGUAAAGAAAAGAGCAAUCUUGAAGAUAUUAGGGUUCAAGAAAAUGUAUUUGUUGAUCAAUGGAGUACUUCAGCAGAGAGGGAUUCUGCAGCCAUGACAGAUAAGAUUUGUUUGAUGGUUGAUCAGAGAGAAGGAGCUGAACUAAGUAGAGUACUGCAAAUUCAGAGAUGCUUUCGCGGCUAUCAAGCCCGCCAGUACUAUCAUGAGCUUAAAACAGGAGCAGUAGCUCUACAAUCAUUUGUGCGUGGUGAAAUUGAAAGAAAGUAUUAUCAGGGUCUCACUAGGAGGUUAGCAGCAAUUAUCUUUAUACAGAAACACAUAAAGAAGCAUCAUCAUAAAAGAACAGAACGACAACGAACUGCAGCCAUAUGUUUGCAGUCUGUAAUUCGAGGUUGGUUGACUCGAAAGAAGUCCAAUCUCUCGGGUGAUGAAAAACGAUCUUGUGUUCAGAACAUUAGAGAAAAAAAUGACCUUGACAAUAAGGAACCAGAAACUAAGGUACCGCGUUCAGUUCUACUUGAUCUUCAGAGGCAUAUUUUGAAGACAGAGGCAGCUCUGGAGAGAAAGAAAGGGGAAAAUGCAGCUUUGAGGCUACAUAUUCAGCAUUAUGAGAUAAAGUGGAAUCAGUAUGAAUCAAAAAUGAAAGCUAUGGAGAAGAUGUGGCAAGAUCAGUUAACGUCUAUACAAAUAAGUCUGGCUGCAGAAAGGGAAAAACACGGGGACGAAAAGACUAAGGGAAAACUCAGACUACUGAUACUUCAAGAUCAAGACGAAAAUGUGCAUAACGGAUUCCCAAGAACUAUAUCUCUUCGAACAAGUGCAUUGAAUCAUCCUGAUGAGCAACCAAGCGGGAGAUCAAAUCCCAAGAAUAAGUGUAAUAACCACCAUGUGAUGGACAUGGUCAAUCACUAUCAAAAUUUUGUUGUCCACGAUCAAUGUAAUUCAGGGGAGGAGGGUUCCGCCCUCAGGCCUAACGAUGAGCUCCAGAAGCUGAAGAUUAGAUUUGAAGCAUGGAAGAAGGAUUACAAGAAUAAAUUACGCGAGGCCAAAGCAACAAUGAAGCAACUAGGACACUCUGAAAGGGGGAAGGGUUCAAAGAUAUGGUGUGGAAGAUGAAAAAGUUAAUGUCUUAUGUUAGAUCCUCUAAUUGGAGGACAUUUUCAGAGGAUCUGACACCAGUGCAACAACAACAUAUUUGGAGAGUCCGAGCAAUGUAGCCUCUCAUUAUCAUUUAUUCUUCAUACUUCAUAUUUACA